CAUUUGUCGAUUAUGGAAGAGGAGGAAGUCAAGAGGCAAGAUACUAGCAAGGAUCUAGCUACUCAGCUAGAAUCUCAGUUCAUACCCGAAAAGACAGAGACUGGCGAAUUAACGAGUAAGGAGAAUGAUCAUCAUGAAAUAUCAAAUAAGGAAGAAGACGAAAUAACUUGUCAAUAUUCAGAAAAAGAUGAAGCAUUCUUUAAUACUACAAUGGUAACACACACAAAGGUUGAUAAUGAAGCGACCAAUUUGCAAGAAACAGUAGAAUAUGAAGAAACAAUAACAAAGAGCCAUACGCGUCUUACGAAUGAAAGCGUGCAACACUUGAUAUCAACUUUUGACGAGGGAACCGAAGCACAUGUGGAGCAAAGAACUGCUUUACUAUUAAAUAAUAAUGUAUCACCAAACGAUGAAAAUGACGAAAAUAUAGCUCAAUCUUAUCAGACACAUGAACAACAUUUGGCUAUUAAGCUGAGCGAAAGUGAAUCGGAAUAUAAUACGGACAAAGGCUACGUUGAAGAAAGAAUCGUUGUUAAAAGAACAAUCAUAAAAUCCGAAAUAGACGGAAAAGAAACCACAGAAAUACUCGAUGACACGCACGAAAUGACAGAGAUCGAUAACUAUACUCAAAGACCAAGUGAUACUCACGAGGAUCCAAAUAAUAAACUAAAGAAUGGAGAACAAAUGGAAAUAGUUGAAGAAUUGAAUUCUAGAGAAAUUGAUAAGGUAAAUGAUGAUUUAGUGAGCAAGAACGAGACUUCUACCAGUGAAGAAAAGGAAACUAAUACACUAUUGGAGGCUAAUGUUUCUGAAUCGGAAAGAGAAAAAGUACAAAAUCAUCAAAAUGAUGAAAAAAUUACUGCGACGGACGUUGAGAAAUCUGAUAAUGUUAGUUACACAUCAUCGGAGACAUCAUUCACUGUGUCGUUAGGAGGAAGCUUUAACAAGCGAAUCAAAUUUCAGAGUGGCUACAGAGAAAGUGUAACUAAUGGAAUAAACCUAUAUUCUAUAAAAAUGGAACCUUCAGUUAUACCGGCAAAAUCGGUUGUCUUCCUCUGCCACGAUUAUGGUGAACAUAUGGGCUACAUGGAAGAGAUCGGGCAACGCUUAACAUUGGAAGGUCACCUUGUGAUUGGGCACGAUUUCGUGUAUCAUGGACGAAGUGAAGGCCUGCCUAGGGGUAUGAUUGGUAAUUUUUUGAAUGUUGUUAAAGAUGUGCUGAGACAUAGCAACGAAGCUAAGCGAGAUUUUUUCAAUUUGAAAUUAUUUAUAAUCGGCCAAGGUAUUGGUGGAUUAGUGGCUCUGCAUUCCGUACUUAGAGAUCCAAAACUCUUCUCCGGCCUAAUUCUCUUAUCACCAUUCUUAUCAAAAAGCUCUUUAAUGGAUAAUGCAGCCAUGGUAGCCUUUUCAAAAGCACUCUCUUUUUUCUCUCCCGAGGCCCGAUUGUUCCCAAGAAACGAUUACUCUGACCUCUCUAGAAGCGCAGAUCUUGUAGAAUCUUACAAGGAGGACGUUCUUAACUAUCACGGUAAAGUUCAUGCUAGAACGGGAAUUGAAAUUUUAAAGGCAGUUGAGGAGGCAACUGAGUCAAUGGAUGACUUGAAAUUGCCCUGGCUUUGCUUGCACGGUAAAUCUGAUAAGAAAGCGCCUUUAAGGGGUUCAAAGCUCCUAAGAGAUUUGUCACCAAGUGCAGAUAAAACGCUGACAGAAUUUACGGGUGCAAAGCAUAUGUUACUGAAAGAAAUUUAUCCUGUGAAAUAUUCGGUUUUCAAUCAAAUAUGUGUGUGGCUAGAGUCCAGGGUUUAUACAGCCUAA